AUGGAGCUGCAGAGAUCGGAGCCGAUCAGAUGGGAGGAGGAAGAGGAGGACGAUGAAGAGGAGAAGAGGAUGAUGCAGAGGGAGGACGGAGGCUACGAGGCGUCUGUCUCUCAGGAGAAGCAGGACUCUGGCGGUCCAAUCAGCCUCAAGACGGACACGUCGGGCCGUCUCCUCUUGGAGACUCCUGCUGACCUUCAGAACCUCCUGCUGCUGAGGAAGACCAAGAGGGAUCAGAAAGCUGCUGUGAGGAGACCUGCAGCCCCCCCUGCUGCGCAGUCCGUGCCUUACUACGUGGACGAGGAGGAUUUCUUUAAGGCCUGUGAUCAGAAGCAGCUGCUGGUGAUGGACAGAUACCUGUCCACAGGUGGAGACGUCAACGCCUGCGACGCUUUUGAGCGUACAGGUCUGCACAGAGCGUGCUCACAAGGUCACGCAGAGGUCGUCACCAAACUAUUGGAGGCCGGCGCCGACGUCCACAGCAAAGACAAGCUGUGGUCCACUUGUGUCCACACCGCUUGUCGAGGAGGACAUCUGUCUGUCCUCCAACUGCUGUUGAACCACGGAGCGGACAUUACUGCAAGAGACAAGCUGGACAGCACUCCUCUUCAGGUCUCUGUGAGGACCGGACACCUGGACUGUGUUGAACACCUGAUCUCCUGCGGAGCUGAAGUCAACACGCAGGACAGGGAGGGAGACUCUCCGCUGCACGACGCUGUUGGACUCAACAGAUUUAAAAUCAUCCAGCUGCUGCUGAAGCACGGAGCCGACACACACGUCACCAACCAGGAUGGACGCUGUCCUCUGGACGGGGUGUUGGACUGGCAGAAUGAAACAAAGACUCUACUCAUCGAAGAGAACGACAGGAAGUGA